AAAAAAAAAAACAACCUCAGAGCGCUAAGCCUGCAGCCGCCGGGGCCGCAAAGUGCUUCCGUAUUCCCCAAGCCACGCCUCCCACCAAGCCCCGCCCAGACGCGAGGGGGCGGGGUUACAGGAGGACGGCGUUGUGGAGGGCGGACGCUAAGGGCGCCAUCUUUGUUAAGGUCAAGCUCCAAAGCCUCUGCUGUAUCUUGAUCCUUAAGGAAAGGAGGUCAGGUGACCGGAGUCUCCUUUCCGAUCGGCUUCUCCAUGUGUUAAUUGGUCUGUUUCUUCAUGUCUACUCUUUCUGAGUGCCUGUGAUUUCCCCCUCUUUCGUCUCCUAUUUUAUUCCCGUGAGAGUCAAUAAAGUUCAUGUUGUGGCUGUGUGGCCCACGAAUCUUUCCUGAUUACUUCAGUGUGACGCCUUUGGUAUUUGCACAUUUUAUGUGUGUGGUUAACCGUCCGCGAAUUCUUAAAAAGACGGUGCCGGGUAGGGGAGAGCCGUGCAGGGGAGCGCGCUGGUGCUGGGGGCCGUUCUGGUCAAUAUGAGGUUUUUCCGUUUGCUUUCCGGACGUAAGUGGACAUUAAGAAGACAAUAUACGCACUGACUCUGCUCAUCACCUCCGCAUUUGAGUGGGAGGGUGUUUUUUAAUUAUGAACACAAAAGCACGCAUUUAGGAAUUCGCUCGAAUUACAGCGCCUCCUCCAGAGGCCCCGCCCUCCAAGGGGCCCUGCAAGCCGCCCACAGGUUUCCAGGGCAACCGCCCAACAGAUACCUGCAGCCUCUGGACUUAGCUGUUGUUGGUCCCGGUCCACAGGGGCCAGUGUUUUCUAUUAUGGCUUCUGCAGAGAAGACAGAAGAAUAUCCAUUUGCAGAUAUUUUUAAUGAAGACGAAACUGAGAGAAGCUUUUUGUUGUCCAAACCUACUUGCUUUGUUAUAUUUGGAAAACCAGGGUGUGGGAAGACAACAUUAGCCCGUAAUAUAGCACAGGCAUGGAAAUGCAUUCGUGUGGAAGCCUUGUCAGUUUUAGAAGAAAUCACUGCCACCGAGACUGAAAUGGGAACCACACUGCAGUCAAUGCUGGUGGGCGGCCACAGCAUCCCAGACGAGCUCGUCAUGAAGUUGAUCCUGGAGAAGCUCAAGUCUCCAGAAGUUUCUCACUUUGGUUACAUCAUCACUGAAAUACCAACACUGACACAGGAUAACCUGACCACUUUGAACCAAGUAGAACUUGUUAAAAAUUUAGAAUUGCAACCAGAUGUCAUAAUCAAUAUUAAGUGUGGUGACUAUGAUUUGUGCCAAAGAAUCUCUGGGCAAAGACAGCACAGUUCUACAGGGUAUAUAUACUCUAGAGAACAGUGGGACCCUGAGAUCAUCGAGAGUCGCAGGAGAAGGAAGAAGGAGCCUCCCAAAGAUGGAAAAUCUGAAGAGGAAGAAGAGGAGGAAGAACAAGAAGAAGAGGAGGCACUGAUUGCUGAGAUGCAGAUGGUAGCGGAAAUGCUUCAACACCUGGUUCAGAGGCCUGAGGAUUAUUUGGAGAACAUCGAAAAUACUGUGAAACUCUAUAAGGAAGAACUCCUUGAUGCUUUAGAAGAGAUAAUGGCUGAGCAUAAUCCCCAGUACCUCAUCGAGCUCGACGGGAAUAAGUCACCAGAGGACCUCUUCACGACAGUUAUAGAGCGGCUGAAAUACCUGAAUCUGCGAAGAGCGGCCAUUGUCACCAAGCUGCAGAGCACAGAGGAAGAAGUGACUGACAUAGUGGACACUGAGGAGCUGUUCCGGACCCUCUCCGCUUACAAGCUCAUCGCGCCGCGGUACAGAUGGCACCGCAGCAGGUGGGGGCGUUCCUGCCCCGUGGCCCUAAAGGACGGGAACAUCUAUUCGGGGUCAGCGGAUCUUUGCGUGAGUUUUCUAGGUAAAAUGUACUGCCUUUCUUCUGAAGAAACAUUGAAAGUGUUCUCACUGAACCCCCGUCCCUGCCUUCUGCCGCCCAUGCCAAUCCCGCCGUGUAAAAUCUUUAUAUUCGGGCCUCGCAGCUCAGGGAGAACGACGCUGUGCAACCUGAUGGCAGAACACUUCAAAGCGAAGGUAGUUGACUAUGCUGAAGUUGUUCAGCCACGUUUUGAUGAAGCCCGUGAAACACUAAUUAAAGACACCAUAAAGGAAGUCACCAACACAGCCAUCAAAACCGUGAAAGAGAGGCUGCUGAUGGAGCUGAGGUCUAAGAAGCAAGAGGAGAGAAACUUGAAGGAAUUGCAAACGCAGUAUGCAAAAAAGGAGUAUGAAGACUUCAUGGAUAAUAAAAUGUUUAAAAGCGCUGAAGACUUACAGUCUUUGGAUGAUGAAGCGACCGCUCCAAGCUCCCAGAAAUACAGCUCCUUAGACAUUCUCGACGAAGACAAAACUAGAUCUGACUACACCCUUGUGGACGUCGAUAGAGACGUCUCCACAGAAGACUCUAUAGAAGAGGUGAAUGAAACCCAUCCCGAGGUGCUUUUCAUGAUAGAGGAUACUCUGAGACAGGCCAAGGAUUUGAACUUCGAGCAGCCCUUUGAGAAACACACUGAGCUACUAGAGGAAGUCAUCAAAGAGGUAACUGAAGAUAACAAGAACAGGUUUCCUGGUGCCCCAAAAUAUGGAGGAUGGAUUGUGGACAACUGCCCUACUAUAAGAGAUCUGUGGACAGCCUUCAUCGAUAAGGGAAUUGUUCCUGAUUUGGUUAUCUCUUUAACAGAUGGAGAAAACAAUGGAAAAUGUUUUUUAAAUAGAAUGUAUUUAAAGAAUAAGUCUGAAAUUGAUGCUAAGGUUUUAGAACGAUUAUUUGAAGAACUUCAAGCCAAAAAAAGGGAAGAGGAGGAAAUACGAAAAGCCAAAGAGGAAGAAGCGAGACUGGAUGAAGAAAAACAGAGGAUGGCGGAGUUUGAGGGAAAGAAAGCAAAAGAUGGUGAAGAGGCUGAUAAUGAAGCUGAUGAGGAGGUGGAUGGUGAAGAUUCUGAAGUUCAUGAUGCACCUGAAGAGGCUGAGGCACCUGAGAUUCAAGAGAACACUAGAGGGUCGUUGUUACCUGAGGAGUCUGAAGCAUUGGAGGCCCCAGAAGCAGAACAUGAACCUGAAUCAGUUCCCGAGCCUCCGGAGGACACUGCAGUCGAAGCAGGAGUUCGAAAGGGAUCCAAAGAGGUCCUGGGACCUGAAGAACUGCCUGAAACAGUUGUGAUGCCGGAGUUCCCAGAGGACGCUUACCCCAAUGUUCCCGAGAUGGAGCCACUGAAGGAGGAGCUGAAUAAUUACCUUCUCAUGUGGAAACAUCUGGAGCAGUUGAUUACAGACAAUUUGAUUCAAAUAUUAACACUGGACAUUUCCAACAAGACCCCGAAGGAGCUGCUUCAAAGAGUAGUGGAGACGACGGAAAAGCCUUUUCAGUAUGCUGCAUGGGAACUAAAUGCUGAAGACUAUGAUGAAGAAGCAGAAGACUACCAGGCUGAGAUCGAGAUCGAUGAGGAGCAGGAGGAGGAGGAAGAGGAAGAGGAGGAGGGUGAAGAGAAGAUUAAAGAAAAAAGGAGGCACUUAGGAGACACGAAACACUUCUGCCCAGUGGUUCUCAAAGAAAACUUCAUCCUCCAGCCUGGCAACCAGGAAGAGGCCGUUAAAUACAGAGAAAAGAUAUACUACUUUUCAACUGCUGAGGCCAAGGAGAAGUUUUUGGACCACCCUGAGGACUAUGUGGCCCAGAACGAACCAUUAAAGGCUCCUCCGAUCAGGAUGUGUCUUCUGGGUCCCCGGGGCUCUGGCAAAACUACGUGUGCAAGAAAGUUGGCAGAAAACUUUGGCGUUUUUCACAUUCAAUUUGAUGAGUUUCUCCAAGAAAAAUUGCUGCUCAAGGCUGAAAGGAAAUUCGGACCCGAGUUUGAGGACGAUUCCGAGGACGAGCAAGCCGCAAAGCAAGAACUGGAGGAGCUCGCGGUUCAGGCCAAUGUGAAGAUUGAAGAAGAGAGCACAAAGAAGCCGAUUCCAGACGUGCAGUUCACAGAGGAGGAAGAAGCAAUCAAGCUGAGUCUAACGGAGAACGAGGCCCUGCCUUCCGAAAUUCUAGACCCCAUCCUUUCCGAGUGGUGGCUUAAAGAACCGAUACGCUCCACCGGCUUCAUACUGGAUGGUUUCCCGCGGUACCCCGAGGAAGCCCAGUUUCUAGCGGAGCGCGGCUUUUUCCCGGACGUUGCCGCCGUGAUACAGGUAGAGGAUCAAGACAUCUUUGAUCGCCUCCUUCCGGCGCAAGUGCAGAAGUGGAGACAGAAACAGCGCAAGAAAGCAGAACGGAAGAAAUUCAUCAAAGACUUGAAGACAAAAAUCAGGGAGGAUAUGAUUGCUAAAAGAAGAGCUGAACUUAUUUUAGAGAGAGAGAGGAAAAAGAGUGCUUUCAGAGACGACGACGAGUUCAGCGACGACGACGCUGACGAAGAGGAGGACAUCGAAAACAUCCUUGAAGAGGAGUUUCCGAAAGAUGAGGAAGAGAUGAGUGAGGAGGAUGAGGAGCACGAGGGAGACGCGACGGAGCGCCUGAGAAGCGAGCUGGGGGAAAAAUACGAGACAGACAUGAAUAAUCUUCAAGUAAUACAGGAAGAAUUUGAGAAGGUGCUGGUCCCGAUAAUCACAGUUAACGGAGCUAGGAAGACUCACAUUGUACAAUAUGUGUUGAAUUUGAAAGUGAAGCCGCUAGUGGAGAACCGUGCAAGUAUUUUUGAAAAGUGUUACCCAGUGUCGUCACACCUUGCUCAUAAAAUGUUGGCCUUUACCUACAAACACAUGAGCUCAUUUGGCUACUGGGACCCUGUAAAGCUGAGCGAAGGAGAGACAAUCAAGCCUGUGGAGAAUGUGGAGAACCCUCUUUACCCUGUAAUCCAUCGCCAGUACAUUUAUUUUUUAUCUAAUAAGCAAUCUAGAGAAAAAUUUAUGAUGAACCCAAUCAAAUACAUCCGGCAACCCAAGCCCAAAGCUACUAUGCCUGUGAAGAUUAUGAUUGUGGGGCCUCCUAAGUCAGGGAAAACUACAGUUGCCAAAAAGCUUGUAAGUGAAUAUGGCUUAAAACGCUUGUCAGUGGGAGAUGCAUUGCGUAGCAUGUUAAGCAAUCACCCGGAAACGGAGCUGUCACUUAUGAUAAACUGGCACCUUCACAAAGGCAUGACAGUGCCUGAUGGACUUGCUGUUCAAGCUUUGGAUCUCUCCCUGAUGGAGAGUGUGUGCAAUACCAUAGGUGUGGUCAUUGAUGGCUACCCGGUAACCACAAACCAGAUGAAUAUCUUGGAGGCAAGGUCAAUCAUUCCCAUGGUCAUCUUUGAGUUGGAGGUGCCAUCCAAGGAGAUCUUCAAAAGAUUGCUGCUAGAAAAGAAGAUGGAGCAAAGUACACCAUAUCCACUGCACAACAGCACACAGAUUAUAGCUCAUAAGAAUGCCAAGUACCAUAAAAAUAUCAAGGAGAUCAGGGAAUUUUAUCAAGAACAGCAUCAAAACUGGCACGUGAUUGAUGGAUUUCACAGUAAGUGGUGGGUAUGGAAUGCAAUCAUCAAAGACAUCCAACAGAUGAAUAAGUACAUACAGAUAUACAUGGAAAGAAUCAAGGACGGGAAAGCUGCUUGCAUUGACAAACUAUGUAUCACACCCGAUGAACUGAUUGCUCGCCUGGGAGAGUUUGGACAGUUCUGCCCUGUCAGCCUAGCAGAAUCUUAUGAAUUAAAUGAUUGUUCUACAACUAACAGCUUGGAAUUUGCAGCAGAAUUCAGGGGUCACUAUUAUAAAAUGAGUUCCAAGGAAAAUCUAAAUAAAUUUCUGAUGAACCCAGAAUUGUAUGUGCCUCCCUUGGCACCUCAUCCGCUCCCACCUGCCGCCAUGCUCCCCAAAAGGCUGACCCUGUCAGAGCUGAAGAGUCGAUUUCCUAAGUGUGCUGAGCUCCAAGGCUACUGCCCAGUGACUUACCUGGACGGAAAACAAAGAUAUGAAGCCCUGGUGCCUGGCAACAUUCAAUAUGCUGCAGAGUAUCGUGAUCGAAUAUUUAUUUGUGAGACUGAAGAAAAACUCCAGAAAUUUUUGAGGAUGCCAAUGCACUACUGGGACCAGAAGCUUCCAUACAAACUUCCCCCGCUAAAGGAACCCAUCCACCUUACCAGCCUCCCUUUGCCUGGGUAUCUGGAACAGGGCACAGCAACCUCCCUCAUCAAGGCGAUGAACGCAGCAGGAUGCCUGAAGCCCAAGUUCCCCUUCCUAAGUGUGAGGCGAUCAGUGCUCCUCUACGUAGCGUUUCAUCUCAAAGCAUUUAAUCCCAAAGGGUCUCAAUAUUCAAGACAAAAAUACAAGAAGAAGAUGGAGAAGUUUGUGGAAAGGUGUGAACUCAUAACAUACCUCAGUGCCAAGAUGACUCGCAAGUACAAGGAGCCUCAGUUCAGAGCCAUUGACUUCGAUCACAAGCUGCAGACCUUUUUCUCCCUGAGAAACAUAGACCCAAUUACUGGAUAACUCGCUGACGAUACCAAGACCCAAUUCCAAAAGUCUUCUCCAAGGGACAGAGGGACUAAAAGGAACAGACCUAAACACUUGCAGUUUCUGAAGUUUAUUUCCCUCUUGCCUGAUGUUCUGUGGUUACCAGGCCUGAAAGGACUAUCAGCCAGGAAGGGCCACCCUAUGACUACCUAAAUGUUAACACAACAGUUUUCAAGUUGAUUGCCCGCUUUUGAAUUCUGAUGCUUCCACAAAAUAGGCAUUCUGUUUGAGAUAUUAAAAUGCUUACUAAAUCCA